AUGGCGUCCUCUACUACUACCAGCAACUUGGACCUUUCAUCCGUCAACUCUCUCCAGGCAGGAGUUGCCGUGUCACUGCUGGCUGUGGGAGGAGGUAUCAUCUAUUCCUGGCUCCUACGAAAAGGGCAUGACGACCUGAGCACAAGUAAUGCUCCCCCUGUACCAACAACUAAUAGUAAUGACUCCAAGGAGCGAGUUGUCUUGGUGCUUGGAGGGGGCACCAUUGGAUCUAGUUUUGCCGCUGUAUUUUUGUCCCGUGGAUUGAAGGUGCAUGUAAUGGACCCCUUUGCGACCAAGGAGACGGUCCAAGACCGUAUCAAAAUGGUGUGGCCCACCAUUUUGGCACGGGGAAUCACCAAACUCCAAGAAGCUCCCAUUGACACGGCACUGUCUCAAUCAGAUUCGUUGACAGCAGCUGUGGAUGCAAUUCAAAAACAAGGUCAGACCAUUGAUUUUGUACAGGAAUGCACCUGGGAAGAUGUCGACAACAAACAGAAAAUUCUGCAAGAAUUGGACCACCUGGUCGAUCCGUCUGUCAUCAUUGCCAGCAGCACCUCCUUUAUUCCCUGGACUCUAUUGGUCACCCAAUGCACUCACAAACAUCGCAUCCUGAUUGGGCAUCCUGGCAAGUAA